UUCACCAUUUAUAAGGUGAUGCUGUUUUCUUCUUAAAGCUUAACACACAUAUCUAAGCAUGCUCCAUUUGCUUUCAGCGAUUGCUGGCCCUAAUAAGCCUGAGAGUGGAUUUGCAGAAGACAGUGCUGCUCUGGGCGAGGUUGUGUCAGACCUCCACGAAGUGGUCUCCCUGAAGGAGAGGAUGGCAAGGUACCAGGCAGCCGUUUCCAGGGGUGACUGCCGCAGCUUCUCUGCUAAUAUGAUGGAAGAAUCAGAAAUGUGCACAGUGCCUGGUGGUUUGGCCAAGGUGAAGAAACAAUUUGAGGAUGAAAUUACUUCUUCCCGUAAUACCUUUGCUCAAUACCAGUAUCAACAUCAGAACAGAUCUGAGCAGGAGGCAAUUCAUAGCAGCCAGGUUGGCACUUCAAAAAGCAGCCAGGAAAUGGCAAGAAAUGAACAAGAAGGGUCCAAAGUACCGAAAAUUGAUGUUCAUGGAACAGAAAUGGUCUCUCAUCUUGAAAAGCACACCAAGGAAAUAAACCAAGCAUCUCAGUUUCAUCAAUAUGUUCAGGAAACAGUCAUUGAUACACCUGAGGAUGAAGAAAUUCCAAAGGUUUCGACUAAGUUGUUAAAAGAGCAGUUUGAAAAGUCUGCCCAGGAAAAGAUCCUUUACUGUGACAAAGAGAUGACAACUCCAGCAAAGCAGAUUAAGAUUGAAAGUGAAUGUGAAGAGACUUUAAAGCCAUCGUCAGUUGUGAGUACCUCUUCCACUUCUUGCAUUUCAACCAGCCAGAGGAAGGAAACAUCAACCACAAGAUAUAGUGAUCACAGUGUCACUUCCUCAACUCUGGCACAAAUUAAUGCUACUUCAUCAGGAGUGACAGAAGAAUUUCCUCCUCCCCCACCUGAUGUACUUCAAACUUCAGUAGAUGCGACAGCAUUUUCCCAGUCCCCUGAACUACCCAGUCCUCCUAGAAGACUACCAGUCCCCAAAGAUGUAUAUUCCAAGCAAAGAAAUUUGUAUGAAUUAAACCGUUUAUAUAAACACAUCCAUCCUGAGUUAAGAAAAAACUUAGAAAAAGAUUAUAUCAGUGAGGUUUCUGAGAUUGUUUCUAGUCAAAUGAACUCAGGGAGUUCAGUCUCAGCAGAUGUGCAACAAGCCCGUUAUGUUUUUGAAAACACAAAUGACAGUUCUCAAAAAGAGCUGAACUCAGAAAGAGAAUACUUGGAAUGGGAUGAAAUUCUGAAGGGAGAGGUGCAGUCCAUUAGAUGGAUCUUUGAGAAUCAACCAUUGGAUUCCAUUAACAAUGGCUCUCCUGAUGAAGGUGACGUUUCCAGGGGUGUUGCUGAUCAAGAAAUCAUUGCUGGUGGCGAUGUGAAAUAUACUACCUGGAUGUUUGAAACCCAACCCAUUGACACACUUGGGGCUCAUUCUUCUGACACUGUAGAAAAUGCAGAGAAAAUUCCUGAGCUAGCCAGAGGAGAUGUCUGCACAGCUCGGUGGAUGUUUGAAACAAGGCCAUUGGACUCAAUGAAUAAAAUGCAUCAAAGUCAAGAAGAAUCAGCGGUAACUAUCAGUAAGGACAUAACUGGGGGGGAUGUCAAGACUGUGAGAUACAUGUUUGAAACUCAACAUCUAGAUCAACUUGGACAGCUUCAUUCAGUAGAUGAGGUUCACUUACUGCAGCUUAGGUCUGAGCUCAAAGAAAUUAAGGGAAAUGUUAAGAGAAGUAUAAAAUGUUUUGAAACUCAACCAUUAUAUGUUAUUAGAGAUGGUUCAGGUCAAAUGCUAGAAAUUAAAACUGUUCACAGGGAAGAUGUUGAAAAGGGAGAUGUAAGAACAGCACGGUGGAUGUUUGAAACACAGCCAUUGGACACAAUUAACAAAGAUAUCACAGAAAUUAAAAUUGUCCGAGGAAUAUCCAUGGAAGAAAAUGUCAAAGGUGGGGUAAGUAAGGCAAAGUGGUUAUUUGAAACCCAACCUUUGGAGAAAAUCAAAGAGUCAGAAGAGGUCAUCAUUGAAAAGGAAACAAUAAUAGGUACAGAUGUCUCCAGAAAGUGCUGGAUGUUUGAAACACAGCCAUUAGACAUUCUAAAAGAAGUUCCUGAUGCAGAUCCUCUACAACAUGAGGAGAUAAUAGGGGGUGAUGUACAAACUACUAAGCAUCUAUUUGAAACACUUCCAAUUGAGGCAUUAAAAGACAGUCCUGAUAUAGGAAAGCUUCAAAAAAUCACUGCCUCUGAAGAAGAAAAAGGGGAUGUUAGGCAUCAAAAAUGGAUUUUUGAAACCCAACCUCUGGAAGACAUUAGAAAAGAUAAAAAGGAGUACACACGAACAGUGAAACUUGAAGAAGUUGACAGAGGAGAUGUGAAGAACUACACACAUAUCUUUGAAUCAAACAAUUUAAUUAAAUUUGAUGCAUCACAUAAAAUAGAGGUGGAAGGAGUCACAAGAGGUGCUGUAGAGUUAAAUAAAUCUCUUUUCGAGACAACACCACUGUAUGCCAUUCAAGAUCCCCUUGGAAAAUACCAUCAAGUAAAGACAGUCCAGCAAGAAGAAAUCAUAAGAGGUGAUGUAAGAAGCUGUAGGUGGCUUUUUGAAACAAGGCCCAUUGACCAGUUUGAUGAAAGCAUUCAUAAAUUUCAAAUAAUUAGAGGAAUAUCUGCUCAAGAAAUACAGACUGGAAAUGUGAAAUCUGCCAAAUGGUUGUUUGAAACCCAACCUCUUGAUACAAUUAAAUAUUUUAGUGAUGUGGAAGAAACAGAAAGUAAAACUGAACAAGCUAGAGAUAUUAUUAAAGGGGAUGUCAAAACCUGUAAAUGGCUUUUUGAGACCCAGCCAAUGGAGUCUCUUUAUGAAAAAGUUUCGUUAAUGACCAGCAGUGAAGAAAUUCAUAAGGGAGAUGUCAAAACCUGUACUUGGCUCUUUGAAACUCAGCCACUUGAUGCCAUAAAAGAUGACUCUGAAACAACAGUCAAAUUGCAAACUGUAAAACAGGAGAUCCAAGGUGGGGAUGUUCGUACAGCAUGUUUUCUUUUUGAGACAGAAAAUUUGGACAGCAUACAAGGAGAAGAAGUGAAGGAAAUCAAGCCUGUUGAAAUGGAUAUACAAGCUGGAGAUGUUUCUAGCAUGAGGUAUAAAUUUGAAAAUCAGUCCUUAGAUUCUAUAAGUUCCAGUUCAGAGGAAGUUUUGAAAAAGAUCAAAACCUUAAAAACUGAAGAGAUUCAGAAAGGCAAUGUUUUAAAUUGUAGGUGGCUUUUUGAAAACCAACCAAUUGAUAAGAUAAAAGAAAGCCAAGAAGGUGAUGAAUGUGUUAAGACAGUGACAGACAUACAAGGUGGCGAUGUAAGAAAGGGGUGCUUUAUUUUUGAGACUUUUUCUUUAGAUGAGAUUAAAGAAGAAUCUGACUAUAUCAGCACCAAGAAAACAAUUACUGAAGAAGUAAUGCAGGGUGAUGUAAAAAGCUAUAGAAUGCUCUUUGAAACCCAGCCACUCUAUGCAAUUCAAGACAGAGAAGGGUCCUAUCACGAAGUAACCACAGUUAAAAAAGAAGAAGUAAUUCAUGGAGAUGUACGAGGAACAAGGUGGCUUUUUGAAACAAAGCCAUUAGACUCUAUUAAUAAAUCAGAAACUGUGUAUGUUAUUAAAGCUGUCACAGAAGAAGACAUUCAGAAGGGAGAUGUUAGUUCUGUCAGAUACAGGUUUGAAACUCAGCCACUGGAUCAGAUUUCUGAAGAAUCACAUAAUAUUGUGCCCACUGUUGACCAUAUACAAGGUGGCAAUGUAAAGACAAGUAAACAAUUCUUUGAGUCUGAAAAUUUUGAUAAGAAUAACUAUAUACGAACAGUAAGUGUCAAUGAAAUACAAAAGGGCAAUGUCAAAACAUCUACUUGGCUAUUUGAAACCCACACUAUAGAUGAACUGAGAGGAGAAGGGUUAGAAUAUGAAAAUAUCAAGACAGUCACGCAGGAAGAUGUGCAGAAAGGUGAUGUUAAGCAGGCUGUGUGGCUUUUUGAAAAUCAAACUUUUGAUUCUAUUAUGGAAGCACAUAAAGGUGUCACAAAAAUGACCAAGGAAGAAAUCCCUCCUUCUGAUGUCAAAACAACUACGUGGCUCUUUGAAACAACACCACUUCAUGAAUUUAAUGAAAAUAGAAUAGAACAGAUAGAAAUUAUUGGCAAGAGCAUUAAAGAAACCUUAGAAGAUCUCUACUCUCAAAAAGUUAUCCAGGCUCCUGGAAUCAUCAUUGAAGCUGAUGAAGUUGGGGAUGUUCGAAUGGCAAAAUACAAGCUAAUGAACCAAGCAUCUCCUGAGAUACAGAAAGAAGAAAUUAUCAGGGCUGAUCUCAGAAAUAUAAUGGUGAACCUACUUUCCAAAAGGGACUAUACUAAAAGAGAGAUUUUGGUUAGUGAAGAAGAGAAGGGAAAUGUUAAUUUGACUAAAACUCAAUUAUUAAACAAAUCAACUGAAUUUCAUGCUGAAAAAGAAGAGAUAGUGAAAGGUGAUGUACAACAAGCAAUAAAAAACCUGUUCUCUGAGGAAAGAUCUGUAAAGAAAGGCAUCUUAAUUCAGGAAGAUGAAAGAGGAGAUAUUAACAUGACUAUCUAUUGUCUUCUUCAUGAAAAUGGUGACACAAUUGAGCGUGAAGAAGUAAUAGGGGGUGAUGUCAGACGUACCAUUCAUAAUUUAUUAUCUUCCACAUCAAACAAUAAAAUAUCUGAAAGGGCUAAAAUUGAUGCCUCUGAGAGGGGAAAUGUUCAGUUUUUCACAACCUGCAUAGAAGCUGGAGCUUUGGAUUAUCUCAAACAACUCCACACAGAGUCAAAUGAAACAUUGACAGCUAAGAAACAAGAAGGAGAGAAAGAAAUCAUUGGUGGUGAUGUUGAAGGCACAAAACUGUUACUGAAGAAAAAGCAGUCUCUGGUUGAACGUACUGUUAGUGAAACUGACAUCAUCCCUGGAGAUGUGCAUAAUACAGUUAAGGUUUUUAUGACUGAGCCUCAGAGUACACUUGGUAAGAUACCCAAAGAAGAGAUUAUAAAAGGUGAUUUGGCAUCAACCCUAAAUUCCCUCAGCCAGGCUGUAAAUCAGAAAACAGUGACAAAAACAGAAGAAAUUAUAAAAGGUGACAUGCUAGCCACACUCAAGUCACUUAAAGAAUCAAGCCGUCGAUGGAAAGAAUCUAAACAACCUGAUGCCAUCCCUGGUGAUAUUGAGAAAGCUAUUGAAUGCCUUGAAAAAGCUACAAAUACAAGGACAGAAAUUCUGAAAAAGGAGCUUCUGAAAGAUGACCUGGAAACAUCAUUAAGGUCUUUGAAAGAAGCACAAAGAAGUUUCAAAGAGGUAGAUAAAGAAGGUGUAAUCAAAAAAGAAGCUCACGUUGUGAUGGCCGGAUCCUCAGGAGAGCAGAAAACAGAUAUUCAUCAGGUUGCUGUCCAGAGGAACAAAAAUAGUCUUCUUCAGCCAAAGCCAGGACCCUUUGAGCCAGCAGCUGAGUGGCAAGGGGGAGCAGAUACUCUCAGUCAAACUAUGGGAAAAUCUUGUCAUGGCAAUUUAGUAGAAGAAAGAACUGAGGUUAAUCUUCCAAAAGCCCCCAAAGGCAGUGUAAAGAUUGUCAUAGAUCGUGAACAAAACAAUGAUGCUCUGGAGAAAAGCCUUAGAAGACUAUCUAAUUCACACCAUAAAUCUAUUAAAAAUGUUUUGGAAUCAGGAGACAAAAUGGGUGUCUGGACUGAUAUCACAGGAGAACAGCAUCUUAGAGAUGAAUAUAUGAGCAGACAAUUAACUUCAACUGUAUCAGUUAAGAAUAAUCUAAAAACUAAAGAAUCAGACAGGGAAGUGAGAGAGCUGAAGAAGGAUGAUGACUUUAAUUCCGUCCAAUCUGCUGAUAAAACCGUUGGAAAGCAACAGACAUAUGAACGGAGAAAUGACCACCAGAAAACAGAGGCUUUUCAUAUAAAGAGUCCUGAAAAGACCGAAAAUAUUAAAAUAUUAACUGAUACACAAAACUCCAAGCCCAGUCCCCCCCAGCAUCCAGUCAGCAUGCCAGUUGGAGGAACUUACAACAUUUCAGGGGACUUUCAGAAGCAAACUUUGUUAAAGCAAGAAACAAAAUAUUCUAAUAAGAACAUAAAACAAAAGAAUAUAAUCCUUCAACCCAUGUGGCAGCCUUUGCCUGUAGAGCAAGACACAACCAAUGUAACAGAAGUGAAAGUCUCUGAAAAAAAUCACAAUACAUUUAAGACAACCAACGAAAAGCAGGAGACUGAAGUUCACUUGAAAAGCCAGGACUUUCUAAUGAAGACAAAUACUUCCACAGACUUAAACACGGCAAUGGAAAGGUCCUCGAAUCCAAUCAACUUUAACCCUGAGAAUAAUGUAAAAGAAAGUGAGUGCCCCCUUCCACCUCCAUCUCCACCUCCUCCACCACCUUCUAAUGCAUCAUCUGAAAUCGAAUUUCCUCUUCCUCCUCCACCUCCUUUAAUGAUGUUUCCUGAAAAAAAUGGGUUUCUUCCCUCACUGUCCACAGAGAAGAUAAAGGCUGAAUUUGAAAGCUUUCCAGGCCUCCCUCUUCCUCCACCUCCAGUAGAUGAGAAAUCUGAAAGAGAAAGUCCAUCGAUGUUUCUGCCGCCUCCUCCUCCUCCAACUCCAUCUCAAAACCCAGCACAUCUCCUUUCCUCCUCUGCUCCAGAAAAGCACAGUGGAGCCUUCAUGCAACAAUAUUCCCAAAAAGAAGCCUCAAACUCUCAGAAUUCUCAGGCUAAAAUCAUAACAGGAAAAUCAGGUGUGUUGCCACCUCCCACAUUGCCCAAACCCAAACUUCCCAAGCAUAUAAAAGAUAAUAAGAACCAUUUCUCCCCCAAAGUUGAAUUGACAAACUCCCUGUCAGAUAUGGAAUGUAAAAUUACUACCUCAAAGGAUCAUAAAAAAGUAAUGAUGAUGACCAGCGGUGAACACACAGAGACAAAGCAGAACGUUAUUAGUAAGAGUCUUGAUGAAAGAAAACGAUUAUUUAUUGACUCUGCAAACUGUCUCUCACACACAGUUCCAGGAACUUCAGCACCCAAGAAAAAACAGAUUGCACCUCUUAUAAAAUCUCAUUCAUUUCCAGAGAGUUCAGGACAACAAAGUCCAAAACCUUAUAUGAGAAAAUUUAAGACACCUUUAAUGAUUGCUGAAGAAAAAUAUAGACAACAAAAAGAAGAACUUGAAAAACAGAAACAGGAGAGUUCUUACUACAACAUUGUUAAAACUGAAAGCCAAAAUCAACACAUAUCAGAGAUGGAAAAGGAAAUGCCAUUACGAAAAUCCAAUGAGGAGGUUUCCGUAUCUGGAAUUGAUUCAGAGUGCACCGUGGUUCAACCCAACCCAGGCUCUCAAAGUAAUGCUCGGGUACUAGGAGUGUGUUCUGAUAACCAGCUCUCCGCAACAUCGCCAGUGACAGUCACUGCCAAGAGGCUCAACCAUGUUUUAGCAGCCUCAGAAGACAAAGAUAAGAUGAAAAAGGAAGUUUUACAAAGCACAAGGGACAUUAUGCAAUCCAAAUCAGCUUGUGAAAUUAAACAAAGUCACCAAGAAUGUAGUACCCAACAAACACAACAGAAUAAGUAUUUGGAGCAGUUGCACUUGCCCCAAAGCAAACCAAUUUCCCCAAAUUUCAAAGUUAAAACCAUCAAGCUUCCAACUCUAGAUCAUACAUUAAAUGAAACAGACCACAGCUAUGAAAGUCAUAAACAGCAAUCUGAGGUUGAUGUUCAAACCUUUGCCAAACAACAGUAUCUGGAAACCAAGAAAACUGAAGCAAGCACUGAAUGUAGUCAUAAGCAAUCUCUGGCUGAAAGACAUUACCAGCUACCUAAGAAGGAGAAAAGAGUGACAAUAAAAUUGCCUACAGAAUCCAUACAGAAGAACCAUGAAGAUAAGCUCAAGAUAGUUCCUGGGAAGCAAAAAGAAUUUGGGGGAUCUGACAGAGGGAAACUUCCAGGAAGUGAAGAAAAAAAUAAGGGACCAUCAAUGAUUAGUCGAAAGGAAGAGAGAUUAAUAACUGAAAGAAAACAAGAAGUUUUGAAGAAUAAAUCAGCACCAAAGGUCGUUAAGCAAAAGGUUAUUGAUGCACAUCUUGAUUCACAGACUCAAAAUUUUCAGCAAACACAAAUACAGACCUCUGAAAGUAAAGCUGAACAUAAAAAAUGGCCCCAGCCAUGUAAGAGUCUGCAGGAAGAAAAAUGUCUCGAAGUCAAGGGCAUACAACAGAAACAAGUCUUCUCUAAUACUAAAGAUUCAAAGCAAGAGAUUACACAGAACAAAUCUUUCUUGUCCGCUGUGAAAGAAUCCCAGCAGGAUGAUGGAAAAUGUGCCGUAAAUAUAGUGGAAUUCUUGAGAAAACGUGAAGAACUACAACAGAUUUUGUCUAGAGUAAAACAGUUUGAAGCAGAGCCAAAUAAAAGUGGCCUUAAAACAUUUCAGACACUGUUAAAUACUAUCCCAGGAUGGCUGAUAAGUGAAGAAAAGAGAGAAUAUGCAGUUCACAUUGCCAUGGAGAAUAAUUUAGAAAAAGUAAAAGAAGAAAUAACACAUAUUAAAACUCAAGCGGAAGAUAUGCUUGUAUCCUAUGAAAAUAUAAUUCAGACAGCCAUGAUGUCCUCCAAAACAGGAAAAUCGGGCAAUAAACCCACUAGUCUUGAUGAAACAUCAUCCAAAGUAUCUAAUGUUCAUGUCAGCAAUAAUAAAAAUAGUGAACAGAAAGAAAAUAAAAUUGCCAAAGAGAAAACAGGACAGCACCAAGUAGCAGCUCAUCGUGAAGCAACUGUUCAUAGUCACGUGAAAACCCAUCAGGAAAUUAAACUCGACGAGAGCAACAUUCCUCCUCCCUCUUUAAAAACACGCCCACCAUCACCAACUUUUAUCACAAUAGAGUCUACUGUCCGACGAACGGAAACGCCUACCAAGGACGAGCUUUCUCAGUCCCCUAAAAAGGACAGUUAUGUUGAACCCCCGCCAAGAGGACCCAUGUCGCAAACAUCUGAAAUUCACAGAGCAAACACUUCCCCUUCUCCACCUAGGAGUCGCUCUGAACAACUUGUCAGACUCAAAGACACCACUGCAAAGUUAUCCAAAGGGGCCAUCCCAUGUCCAGCGGUCACCCCGGUUCCAAUUGUAGAGAAGAGGUCUGAAAUCAUCAUGUCUCCUGCAACACUUCGUCGUCAAAUUAAGAUAGAAACUCGUGGUAGGGACUCUCCACCUACAAUCACAAUACCAGUAAAUAUACAUCAUACUGCUAGUGGUUCCUCCAGAGAAUCUAUGGAAGCUCAAGAGGAAAUCAGGAAAGUGGAGAAAAGGGCUACUUACGUUCACAAUGCUGGACUCAAUUCCACUGAUCCCAUAGUGCCCGACACUGAAAGCUAUGAUGCAGUUGAAAUCAUCCGCAAGGUUGAAGUGCCUCGUCGCCUGUCAGAGCACACACAGAGAUAUGAAGCAGCCAACCGCACUGUUCAAAUGGCUGAAAAUUUCGUGAAUGACCGUGAAAAUGAAAUAAACAGAUGGUUCAGGGAAUUUGAGCAUGGCCCAGUUUCUGAAGCAAAGUCAAACAGAAGAGUUUACGCAAAUGGAGAAACAAACCAUAAUAUACAACAAGAAAGUCGUACGUUUUGUCAGGAGGAAUUUGGAUUAACGUCUUUAGGAAACAUGAGUUUUACAGAUUUUUCUUGCAAACAUCCUAGAGAGCUGCAAGAAAAGAUUCCUGUUAAACAGCCCAGGAUCUGCUCUGAAACAAGGUCCCUAAGUGAACAUUUCUCAGGCAUGGAUGCAUUUGAGAGUCAAAUUGUUGAGUCAAAAAUGAAAACCUCUUCAUCACAUAGCUCAGAAGCUGGCAAAUCUGGCUGUGACUUCAAGCAUGCCCCACCAACCUACGAGGAUGUCAUUGCUGGACAUAUUUUAGAUAUCUCUGAUUCACCCAAAGAAGGCAGAAAAAAUUUUCAAAAGACGUGGCAGGAGAGUGGAAGACUUUUUAAAAGCCUGGGAUAUGCAACUUCAGAUUCUUCUGCAACUGAGAUGAGAACUGCCUUCCAAGAGGAAUCUGCAUUUAUAAGUGAAACUGCUGCUCCAAGACAAGGAAAUAUGUAUACUUUGUCAAAAGACAGUUUAUCCAAUGGAGUGCCUAGUGGCAGACAAGCAGAAUUUUCAUAAGUCCUGUUUCCGAUGCCACCAUUGCAACAGUAAACUGAGUUUGGGAAAUUAUGCAUCACUUCAUGGACAAAUAUACUGCAAACCUCACUUUAAACAACUUUUCAAAUCUAAAGGAAAUUAUGAUGAAGGUUUUGGACACAAGCAGCAUAAAGAUAGAUGGAACUGCAAAAACCAAAGCAGAUCAGUGGACUUUAUUCCUAAUGAAGAACCAAACGUGUGUAAAAAUACUGCAGAAAACACCCUUGUACCUGGAGAUCGUAAUGAACAUUUAGAUGCUGGUAACAGUGAAGGGCAAAGGAAUGAUUUGAGAAAAUUAGGGGAAAGGGGAAAAUUAAAAGUCAUUUGGCCUCCUUCCAAGGAGAUCCCUAAGAAAACCUUACCCUUUGAGGAAGAGCUCAGAAUGAGUAAACCUAAAUGGCCCCCUGAAAUGACAACCCCUCUAUCCCCUGAAUUUAAAAGUGAAUCUCUGCUAGAAGAUGUUAGAACUCCAGAAAAUAAAGGACAAGGACAAGAUCACCUUCCUUUUUUGCAGCCUUAUCUACAGUCCACCCAUGUUUGUCAGAAAGAAGAUGUUAUAGGAAUCAAAGAAAUGAAAAUGCAUGAAGUAAGAAAAGAUGAAAAGAAGGAAGGAAGGAAGAAUGUGCAAGAUAGGCUGAGUGAAGCUGAAGAUACAAAGAGUAACAGGAAAAGUGAAAUGGAUCUUAAUGACAACAAUAAUGUGGUUGUGCAGAGUGCUGAAAAGGAGAAAAAUGAAAAAACUAACCAAACUAAUGGUGCAGAAGUUUUACAGGUUGCUAACACUGAUGAUGAGGUGAUGCCAGAAAAUCAUAAAGAGAAUUUGAAUAAGAAUAAUAAUAACAAUUAUGUAGCAGUCUCAUAUCUGAAUAAUUGCAGGCAGAAGACAUCUAUUUUAGAAUUUCCUGAUCUAUUACCCUUGUCGAGUGAAGCAAGUGACACUGCAAAUGAAUAUCAAAUCGAGAAGUUAGAAAAUACAUCUAGAAUCUCAGAGUUACUUGAUAUAUUUGAAUCUGAGAAGACUUACUCGAGGAAUGUACUAGGAAUGGCUCUGAAGAAACAGACUGACAGAGCAGCUGCUGGCAGGCCUGUGCAGCCUGCUCCAAAACCAAGCCUCAGCAGGGGCCUUAUGGUAAAUGGGGGAAGUUCAAUCAUCUUUCCUGAUACAAAUCUCUUAAACAUUAAAGGAAGCCAUUCAAAGAACAAAAAUUUACACUUUAUCUUUUCUAACACUGUGAAAAUCACUGCAUUUACCAAGAAAAAUGAGAACAUUUUCAAUUGUGAUUUAAUAGAUUCUGUAGAUCAAAUUAAAAAUAUGCCAUGCUUGGAUUUAAGGGAAUUUGGAAAGGAUGUUAAACAUUGGCAUGGUGAAACAAAAGAAGCUGCCCACAAUAAUGGAAACACAGGUUUUGAUGCCCUGAGCCAUGAAUGUCCAGCUAAGCCUUUGUUUCCCAGAGUGGAGGUGCAGUCAGAACAACUCACGGUGGAAGAGCAGAUUAAAAGAAAUAGGUGCUACAGUGACACUGAGUAAAAUAUCUCGGCCACUGACCGUCCACACUUAGGCACUGAGAGAUUUUGAUGUUCUGAAAUAAGAUUUUAUGAAUUUGGAUACCCUUUUGAGGAACUUGAUGUAAACAUAAUGUUCAGAAAUCUCGUGUCUGUCUCAAUGGCAUAUUUCUUGUAUUACACCUUGUCAUUUUUUUUCAUAAUUUAUUUACCUCUACUUUUGUUUUAAAUGGAAUGAAGAGGUGAAACACUAUGGAUAUGUUUUCCAUUCAAAUGGCACUUUAGCAUAUUGUUCUGUUUUCCUAUAAAACAUCAUGGGUGUGAUUUUUAUACUGCUGAUACUUGUCACAAUUAUUAUACCUUCUCUGUAAUUUCCGCUGAAAUAAAAUUGAAUCACAUGAGGUGCAAACCAAAA